AUGUUCCUCUUUGGUCUGGGGAAGCUUGUUUACGUUAUCGUCCUCAUCAUCAACGCCAUCGCCGUGCUCUCCGAGGAUCGCUUCCUCGCUCGCAUUGGAUGGGGCCGCACACAAGCUGAGCCUGGCUUCGGCGCAUCCUACGAUAGCACCAGCGUGAAGGCAAAGUCAGUCAACUUGAUUGCCAGUGUACGGACGGUUAUGCGGAUACCCCUCAUCGUGAUCAAUACGAUUAUUAUCGUCUAUGAGCUCAUCCUCGGUUGA